CACCAAUGAGGCAGAGAAGAAGGCUGACGAAAAUGCAGGAAGUAAUUAAUUAGCUAAGGAGAGUCAGUCAAGAAAACUGAUGUUCUUUCAAGGCUACGAUGUCCUGCUUUGAGAUUGAUAAGAGCAGCCUGGAGAAUGAUGAAGCGUGUUGCGGUGGGGCGGCCGCGUCACAGCUGUCCAACUGUGCGCUGGCCAUGCUGGAGAAAGAGGGCAGCGACUCUGCGCUGAGCCCCACGGAGAGUACCCCCACCAGCCUACAGGGCGGCGCCCCACUGCAAGGCUACGACGUGGAGUUCGACCCUCCGCUGGAGAGCAAGUACGAGUGCCCCAUCUGCCUCAUGGCCCUGAGGGCAGCCGUGCAGACGCCGUGCGGCCAUCGCUUCUGCCGCAGCUGCAUCGAGAAGUCCAUCCGUGAUACAGGGCAGAGGUGUCCAGUGGAUAACGAGGUACUACGGGAAGACCAGCUGUUCCCAGAUAACUUUGCCAAGCGAGAGAUCCUCUCCCUAACGGUGCGCUGCACCAACGUAGGCUGCACUGACAAAAUGGAGCUUCGCCGCCUGGAUGGCCAUGUUACGAAAUGUGAGUUUGCCACCGUGCCUUGUCCGCUGUGCCAGGACGCGGUGUGGAAGAGCCAGCUGGAGAUGCACCAAAGCCAACACUGCCAGCGGAGACCUGUGUCCUGUCCCGACUGUGUAGAGAGCUUUGUUUACGAGGACAGCAAGAUUCAUGAGUCGCUGUGUCCCUUUGCCAACGUGGUGUGUCAGUACUGCGGUAUGGAGCUCAUCAGAGACCAGUUGGAAUCUCACUAUGACACCGACUGUCCGAAGGCUCCGAUUGCCUGUACCUUCAGCACUUUUGGAUGUCGAGAGAUGAUGCAGCGCAAUGACCUGGCGCAGCACAUGCAGGAGUUCACUCAGAUGCACAUGCGCUGCAUGGCUGAGUACCUGCACAGGCACAGCCUUACCGGGUACACCCAGCCACCUUCUUCUGAGGACCGAGGGGCUGCCGCCGCAGAGCUGGGGGCACACCCAGGAGCUAGCAGCAGUGGCGCCCCCUGCCAGUGCUGCGGGGAACUGCAGACCAUGCGGGAGACCACCCAGCAGCUGGAGGGCCGUCUAGUGCGGCAGGACCACCAGCUACGUGAGCUGAGCAUUCAGGCGGGGCUGGUGGCGGAGCUCCGUCGUAAGGUCACCUCGCUGGAGGAGAACCUAAAGGAGCUGGAGGCCAAGCAGUGCCAGGGUGUGUACGUGUGGCCCUUGGAGGGCUUCUCGGGCUACCUACGUACCCAGGCUGCCGGACAGCCUGUUGUGGUGCACAGCCCGGGCUUCUACACGGGCCGGCCGGGCUACAAGCUGUGUCUGCGCCUCCACCUCCAAACGCCCUCGGCACAGCGCUGCUCCAACUACAUCUCACUGUUUGUUCACACCAUGCAGGGGGAAUUUGAUGGGCAGCUGUCGUGGCCCUUCCAAGGCACCAUCCGGCUGGCCGUGCUGGACCAGGGGCCUGAGGGCCAGCACCAUGUGGAGGUGAUGGAGACCAAGCCCGACCUGCAGGCCUUCCAGAGGCCCACCAUCCAGAGGAACCCCAAGGGCUUUGGCUACGUCACCUUUCUGCACUUGAUGGAGCUACAGCAGCGGGGGUUUGUGCACGACGACACGCUGCUGGUGCGCUGCGAGGUGACGCCGCGCUUCGACACCGCCCUGAGGCGCGAGGGGGCGGCCAUGCAGCCCAGAGGGCCCGAGGCCUCGCUGUGAGGACACUUUUAACGUUCCAAGUGACGAGGUCAAUCGCCACCAACGUUAUCAGUACAAAGUAUCAGUUUGCCGUUUUCCUGAGUUGUUGUAUCACACAGGAUCAUUGCAUUGGGUUCAGUCAUGACCAACAUCAUGGGAAAGUGUACAGCUCAGUUGUGGGUUUUUAUCUCCAACUCCAAAAGGCUUUUCUUUGCUGUAGCUGUUGAGUGAUGGACUGGAUGUUGGUGGCGAUGAACACCAAGGUUUCCUGCAACAAGUCGAGAGCUUGGGGCUGUAUUAUUUUCUGCAUUUUUGUCAAAAUUGAGUUAUUGACAUUAGCCUUAUUCGGUUCAAUGUUCUCUACCUAUAUAUUCCUCCAAAUACCCCAAUUCAUGUUAAGUUCAAAAGAAUACAAGAUUUUAAAAAAAAUAGCUGACACCAUUUAAACCAAUGAGGUUUCAGAACUUUAAAGCCGAUCUCACAAUCAUCUAUUUGCAGACAGAACGUUCUAGUCCCAAGCUCUGUGUUCCAUCACUGAUCCAGCAAUGUGUCGCAGGCUACUGUACUGCUCAAAAUAGAUAGGAUUUCAAAAUGUCUUAUGGUGCCUACAUUAGGUUGUAAUAAACAUGACUUUGGUUUCAGUGCAUACAGCUUUGUAGUGGAGACCGGGCAAAGUCUCGUUAAUUAUCAUAACAUGUUAUUACAGUUUGAUAUUUAUGUCAAGCUCAAAGUCAUGUUUAUGACAACUUUAUGUUGGCAUUAAAGAAGCCAAUUCAAAUAAGAUGUUACUAGAAGUGUAUUUCUGUUGGAGAUUAGGAAGGGGACAGAGAGUGAUGUAGGACAGAGAGCUACUCAAUCAAAUGAAUCCCUUUUAGCGCUUUCUACAAAGCACAGCGAGGGCUGGGGCAGGACCAUCUGUAGGCAGGAGAUGACCAGACGCAGAACUACCUAUCAACUUAUUGUACAUCCUGGAUGACGAGAGUCAGGAUCACUGGCAUUUCCCUGGUCUUCUGGUUGGAGGAUCAUACAGGGAAGAUGGGGACAACGUCCUAACCUGGUCUUAAGACCUCUUCUGGUUGGAGGAUCAUACAGGGAAGAUGGGGCAACGGUCCUAACCUGGUCUUCUGGUUGGAGGAUCAUACAGGGAAGAUGGGGCAACGGUCCUAACCUGGUCUUCUGGUUGGA